AUGUUGGCUUUUCCAAACAACACAGCCAUAUCUCUGACCUUCUUUCUAACAGGAAUUCCAGGACUGGAAGAUAUUCAUAUCUGGGUGUCCAUUCCCUUUUGUUGUCUGUAUGCCAUUGCUCUCUCAGGAAACAGCAUGAUCAUGCUUGUCAUUAUUACUAAACAGAGCCUGCAUGAGCCCAUGUAUUAUUUCCUCUUCAUGCUGUCAGCCAUUGACAUGUGCUUGUCCCUAUCCACACUGCCAACAACUUUGGGUGUCUUUUGGUUCAAUGCUCGAGAGAUCACUUUAGAUUCUUGCAUCAGUCAAUUGUUUUUCAUUCAUUUUCUCACCAUCAUGGAGUCCUCAGUUUUGUUGGCCAUGUCCUUUGAUCGCUUUAUUGCUAUUUGUGACCCACUUAGAUAUGUUAUAAUCCUAACUCCAGCCAGGAUUAUCCAAUUUGGAUUGAUGAUGGUACUCAGAGGUGCUCUUAUUAUGACUCCAGUGCUCUUGCUUCUUAAACGUCUGUCAUUCUGCAACAAUAAUAUCCUUUCUCACUCUUAUUGUUACCAUCCUGAUGUGCUAAAAUGCUCUUGUUCAAAUACCAGGGCCAAUAGCAUAUAUGGAUUAAUUGCAAUAUUUUUAACAUUUGGCUUGGAUGCUCCUUUGAUUGUCCUUUCCUAUGUUUUAAUCAUUCAUUCUUUGCUCAGCAUUGCAUCCCCACAGGAACGCCACAAAGCCUUCGGCACCUGUGUUUCUCACAUUGGUGCCAUUUCCAUUUUCUAUAUACCCCUUAUCAGCUUGUCCAGUGUCCAUAGGUGGGGUCGUAAGGUACCUCCACAUGUUCACACCAUGAUGUCUAGUGCUUUUCUUCUUCUGCCCCCUGUUCUGAACCCUAUUAUCUAUAGUAUCAAAACCAAGCAGAUCCGCAAAGUCAUUCUCAACAUUUUCUGA